CGCCCCGCCCGCCCCGCCGCGCCUGCCCGCCUGCCCGAGCGCGGCCGUAACGGUCCGGCCCGCGGGACCCGCGAUGGGGGCGCCGGGGUCGGCGGCGCCGCUGCGCUCCGAGCUGUGGGUGAAGCAGCAGCGCUGCGCCGUGAGCCUGGAGCCCGCGCGCGCCCUGCUGCGCUGGUGGCGGUGCCCGGGGCCCGGUGCGGAUGCCUGCUCGGUGCCUGUGUCUGAGAUCAUCGCCGUGGAGGAGACCGAGGCGCAGGGGAAGCACUACACCAGUGGCCGGUGGCAGAGGAUGGAGAAGCCGUUCGCGUUCACAGUGCACUGUGUGAAGCGCGCCCGGCAUCACCGCUGGAAGUGGGCGCAGGUGACCUUCUGGAGCUCCGACGAGCAGCUGUGUCACCGGUGGCUGCAGACGCUGCGGGAGCUGCUGGCAGGGCUGACCUGCAGACCCAAGCACUUGCUGGUGUUCAUCAACCCGUUCGGAGGGAAGGGCCAAGGCAAGCAGAUAUAUGAGAGGAAGGUGGCGCCUCUGUUCUCCCUGGCCUCCAUCACCACCGACAUCAUCGUCACUGAGCACGCGAACCAGGCCAAGGAGACCCUGUACGAGAUCAGCCUAGACACGUACGACGGCCUCGUCUGUGUGGGUGGUGACGGCACGUUCAGUGAGCUGCUGCAUGGUCUCAUUGGGCGGACACAGAGGAACGCCGGUGUGGACCAGAACCACCCCCGGGCCACGCUGGUGCCCAGCGCCCUGAGGAUUGGCAUCAUCCCUGCAGGUUCGACGGAUUGUGUGUGCUAUUCCACCAUGGGCACAAAUGAUGCGGAGACGUCUGCUCUGCACAUCGUGGUCGGGGACUCGCUGCCCAUGGACGUGUCCUCGGUGCACCACAACAGCACACUCCUGCGAUACUCAGUGUCCCUGCUGGGCUAUGGCUUCUAUGGGGACGUGAUCAAGGACAGCGAGAGGAAGCGGUGGAUGGGGCUGGCCAGGUACGACUUCUCAGGUGUCAAGACGUUUCUGUCGCAUCACUACUAUGAAGGGACGGUGUCCUUCCUGCCCGCACAGCACACUGUAGGGUCGCCGCGGGACAAGAAGCCCUGCCGGGCAGGGUGCUUCGUGUGCAGGCAGAGCAAGCGCCAGCUGGAGGAGGAGCAGAAGAAGGCUCUGUACGGCCUGGAAAACACCGAGGAGGUGGAGGAGUGGCAGGUCAUCUGCGGGAAGUUCCUGGCCAUCAACUCCACAAACAUGUGCUGCGCAUGUUCCCGGAGCCCCAGCGGCCUGUCCCCAGCGGCCCACCUGGGAGACGGGUCCGCCGACCUCAUCCUCAUCCGGAAGUGCUCCCGCUUCGACUUCCUGCGGUUCCUCAUCAGGCACACAAACCGGGACGAUCAGUUUGACUUCGCCUUUGUGGAAGUUUACCGCGUCAAGAGAUUCCAGUUCACCUCGAAGCACACGGAGGAGGAGGACAGCGACCUCACGGAGCGGGGCAAGCAGCGGUUCAGGCAGAUCUGCACCAACAGCCCCUCGUGCUGCUGUGCAGCCCGCAGCAGCUCCUGGAACUGCGACGGGGAGGUGCUGCACAGCCCCUCCAUCGACGUCAGGGUCCACUGCCAGCUGGUCCGACUCUUCGCCCGAGGAAUUGAGGAGACCCCCAAGCAGGAAUCGGAUAGCUGAGGAUCUGCUAAGACGUCACCCACCUCACACCUGGACAGACAGAAGAUUGCUGCAGGCCAGUUACGUGGAGCUAUAUAUAGAUACAUCUCCAGUUAGAAGUUUAUUUUUGAUAGGUAAAUCUUGGUUUUAGGGAAAACUCCCUGGUCUGCAAUUUUGUGCACAUGUCUGUUGCCUGAAGUUCCCGGGAUUCUGCGAACAGCGCUGGCCAACAUGGGGUGUCGGCAUCUUACAUUUUAAGGAUCCCAGCAACGCAGGUGGAAAACAGCUCUUUGGUGGCUCCAUUGCAAUAAUUUUAGAGACAUCGUAAUAGGAGCGCUGUCCAAACACCAGGUCAGCCCAUCUGGACAGGGUAACCGCCACGCCCGUCUGACCUGCUCCGCAGAGCUUGUUCCAGGAACUGUUGGUGGCAUGUCGUCUGCACAAGCCGGUGAGCCCCGGCUCCGUCUUCCCAUCCACCCUCCGCUGUGAUCAGACUUCGCAGUGUGACUCUCGCUGAGCCGGGCGGCCCCCUGGCUCACAGCAGCACUCGGCAGCCCCUGCCACUGAGAGGCACAGGGCAACACGUGGCAGCGGCAUCUGCGUGACAAUCUAGUGGGAGCAGCCCAGGGUGCUGGGCUCUGCAGAGGGACCGGGGCUGUCCAGCCCCACGGUGACAGUGUGGCUAGCACAGCUGGCCUGUGCAGGGGACGGAAUGUAGCUGGUGGGAAAUUCACAGGGAGCGAAGGCUGUGUGGACUUCACAGUGAAGGCCCCUGCCUUUUGGGGACCCUGGGGGUCCCCCAUUCCAGCAGGGUUGCUUUGGUACAGGCCCUGCCGGUGCAGAGUUCCAAUUUGUGCUUAUUUAUUGGGAGUCUCAUCCUCAACAAUCUGAAGAGCAUCAGUGCUGGCUGGCUGUUUAGUAUCUGUGCUCCAGGGGACCGCUGCAUCCUGCUGGGCCCGGCUAGGCCUCUCGAGCUGUGGGUGGGCCUCAGCUGGGUGCCUGGCUUUCCUCUGCCUUCAGGCUGUGAGUCUGAUAAGAUGUAUGGAAAGUAGUCUUAUUUGAAGUAUAAGAAUGUGCCGCUUAAACUUGACCCGAGUUGGGUCCCUGAGUGGGGUCUCGCACAGCUCCCUGCAGGGCAAGGGCCUGCACGGGGUCCCCUAGUAGCUGUAGCACUUGACAGACAGCAGCUAUUUUUAGAAUUUCUUGCAUUGAUCUUAAAAGCAUCUAUGAAAUUUCCUGUUUCACCAUUCAGUCCCACCUGGACCAAAAGGCAGCUUUCAAGGGGGAUUUUUGUUUUUCUUUUUUUUGGUACUGGGACUCAAACUUCUGACCUCGCCCGUGCCAGGCAGGCAAGGUGGCUCUUCACAGGUAAUCCUGUGAGUCAGGGGGUGUGAGAAGCGGUGCUUGAGUGAAGUCUUGGUAGAAACAGGAAACACACUGCUGUUCCCUUCACAUUUGUCCCGGCUUGGGGGAAAUGGGGGUCGGGCUGGCGGUUCCUCGUGGGCCUGGACCUCUGUGCCCAGCGUUGUGUGUGCACCCUGGGGCCCAGCUGGCGCCUGCUACCCUCAGGGUGUCCCAGCAUCCCUGGAAGCCUUGGAGCAGGGACCCAGGCCAGAGCUGCUUCCCGGCCGGAGGCUGUGCUCACCAUCCCGGUGCUCACAGGCGUCCGGGCUCCUCUUGAGUCUCCGGGCACCAGGGGACCGCUGCACCCCCGAGCGGGAGGAGAAGGUGGUGUUGGGCCAGGGUCCUUGGGUGGUGGGUUUGUGGGUGCUGGGGCGCACGCUGGAAGUGCCAGGGGGAGACAGCACCGAGUCUCUCUAAUCUUGCUGGUUUCAAGAUUAGAAUAUACUGUAUUCGCUCUGAUGUGUUUGAGAAGGCAAAAAUAAAGUUACUUUGGGCAGAA